UUAGUUAGAAUUAUUUUUGAAAAACAUUUCAUACGUGAAAAAUAGACAUUUGUUUUACGUUAAGUUAAUUAAAUUUUCAGUGGCAUUACGUUGUAAAUAUUGUGCAAGUCUAAAGGGCAUUCUAUAUGUAUACUUCUAUUUUAAUAAAUUAGAUUUUAAUAAAUUAGAUAAAAUAAUAUUCUGCACGAAACGCGGACAAUCCUCUAAUUUAGUUGAAUGGGAAAUUAUGAUAUGGUUUCUCCACUAGGCUUAAAACCAUUUAUUAUCCGCUUCCCAUUUUAGCCUAAGCUAUCCAAAACACGAAAGGUCAACCAAUAAUAGGUAACCACCGUCGGGGGUAACGGAGAAUACUUUGCCACAAGCGACAACUUUUAUUUCUCCUAAUCAAAACAUACAAAAAAUGAAAGCAGAAAUGGAUUUGAAAAGAAAUAAUAAUAGCGAAGUUUUGUUGAAAGCCCAUUGUUUUAUGAGAGCAGUCUCAAACCACUAGUCAUAAAACCACUCAUUCCCCUAAGUCCUAAGUCCUAAGUCCUAACUAAUUAAAGCCGACAUGAGAGAAAUAAUCAAACAAAGUAGCAACUAGACAACAAAGAGUAGUAGUUGACUUCUAAAUCGUGUUCCUUUACAAAACCAGAAACAAAACUUAGACAAUGUCACUCAUUACCUUUGCUGCUUCCCCUCUUGUUAUUACCCCAACCGUUAGAUCUUUCACCUUCUCACCACCUCUUCGUCGCUCCAAUAACACCGUAAUGUCCGCCGUCCGAUCUGAGACCACUUCAACAUGUCCUGUACUGACCAUGUUUAAGAAGGACUGUGCCACCCCUACGCCGUUCUUACGCGAUGUAGCCAACGCCAUUGCCGAUGACAUGCAAGCCGGUCUAGCUGUCCAUGGAGGAGGAGAUCUCGAGAUGAUCUUGACUUAUGUUGAUGCUUUGCCUUCUGGGAAAGAGGAAGGUUUGUUCUAUGCAUUGGAUUUAGGUGGAACAAACUUUCGGGUGCGUAGCGUACAGUUAGGAGGAGAGGAAGAACGUGUCGUAGCCACCAAGUCUGAGCAGCUAUCUAUUCCUCAGAAGCUUAUGAUUGGUACAAGUGAGGAACUCUUCGGGUUCAUUGCUUCAAAGCUUGCAGAUUUCGUUGCAAAGGAGGAGCCAGGGCGGUUUAGGCUGGAACAAGGAAGGAAAAGGGAGAUUGGGUUUACUUUCUCCUUCCCUGUGAAUCAAACCUCUAUUGAUUCAGGAACACUUAUCAAGUGGACUAAAGGCUUUAAUGUCUCUGGAAUGGAAGGUAAAAAUGUGGUUGCCUGUUUAAAUGAAGCUAUGGAAGCACAUGGACUUGAUAUGCGAGUUUCUGCUCUCGUAAAUGAUGGAGUGGGAACAUUAGCUGGAGCAAGGUAUUGGGACAAAGAUGUGAUGGCCGGUGUGAUUCUUGGCACUGGGACCAAUGCUUGUUAUGUUGAGCAGAAGCAUGCAAUUCCUAAACUCCAAAACAAAUCUUCUUCUGGAACAACGAUCAUAAACACAGAGUGGGGAGGUUUCUCUAAGUGUCUUCCACGAACCAUUUUUGACCAAGAGAUGGAUAAGGAUAGCUUAAAUCCUGGUGAACAUUUAUAUGAGAAGAUGAUCUCAGGGAUGUACCUUGGUGAAAUUGUAAGGAGGGUUUUGCUCCAUAUGUGUCAAACUAGUGACUUGUUCGGACAAGCUGUUCCUGCCAAACUAGAAACUCCUUUGGCACUCAAGAGCCAGGAUCUAUGCAAAAUGCAAGAGGACAAUACAGAUGAUCUUUCAAGUGUUGGAUCAAUCCUAUACAACAUUUUUGAGGUAAAGGGGGAUCUGAAGGAUAGGAGGAGAGUGAUGGAAGUGUGUGACACGGUAGUGAAACGCGGAGGACGUCUAGCAGGAGCUGGUAUAGUGGCAAUUCUGGAGAGGAUUGAGAGAGAGACAAAAAGACUGGCUUCAGGUCAAAGAACCGUUGUGGCUAUGGACGGUGCACUCUACGAGAAGUACCCGCAGUAUCGACAGUAUAUGCAAGAUGCACUAGUUGAGCUUCUUGGUGAUGAACUUGCAAGUCACGUUCAGAUUAAACAUACCAAAGAUGUGUCUGGGCUUGGUGCUGCUCUUUUGGCCGCUACUAACUCCAUUUAUUAGUGCCUGAACUUCUACUUCAUGAUAAAAGACUUGGUGCGAUACUGCUACUCUUUUUUUUUUAAAAUCUCUUUUUAACUUCAUGAGUAAAGCACGCAUUAUGCUAUCUCUAACAUAUAAAAGUUGUUAAUUUCGAGAUCUCUAUUCUAUGCCACAUUGCCACUUAAGCGUGUUAAUUUAAAACUAAUCGAACUUAACUUUA